AUGGGUGAUUCCCAGAUCAUAAUUCCCACCCACUGUAAAGCGGGAGUCGUGGUCAAUGAAGGGCCUGAUUUUCAUGUCGAGGUACAAAUGGUGCCUGUCCCAGAGCCAGGUCCAGACGAUAUUUUGAUCAAGUUGAACUACACCGGGCUGUGCUCAUCCGACAUUCAUAUGAUGCAGGGCGACUUAGGGGCCCCUCCCAUGUCCACAUUCGGCGUUCGAUCCCCAGGUCAUGAAGGUGCCGGUGUUGUGGUUAAAAUUGGAGCCAACGUGACAAGAUUUAAAGUGGGCGAUAGAGCCGGGAUCAAACCGAUCAUGGAUACCUGCGGUUCGUGCGGUCAUUGCUGGGAUGACAAGGAGACGUACUGUAAGGCGGCGACUCACACUGGGUUGAUGGUAGCAGGCACGUAUCAGCAAUAUUUGGUCUCACCAGCCCGUUAUGCGUCACCAAUUCCCGAUGGGGUCUCCGAUGAAGUCGCCGCCCCUGUGAUGUGCAGUGCUAGCACAGUUUAUCGAUCUCUGAUUGAGUCAAACCUUCGAGCGGGGGCAUGGGUUGUUUUCCCUGGAGGCGGCGGCGGCGUCGGUAUCCAAGGUGUUCAGCUAGCCAAGGCAAUGGGAAUGCGUCCGGUUGUGGUGGAUACAGGAGAUUCCAAGCAGAAAUUAGCCAUGGAGAUGGGCGCAGAGGCCUUUGUGGAUUUCAAAGAAGUGGCCGAUCCCACUAAGGCUGUGAUUGAGAUCGCGGACGGCAUCGGUGCGCACGGGGUGUUCGUCACAGCCCCGGCUGCAUAUAAAAAUGCUAUCUCUUUCACUGGCGAUCGGAUUGGAAGCGUCGUGAUGUGCAUCGGUCUCCCUCCUAUCGGAUCAAUGACACUAGGUGCCGAUCCCUGUGCGUUUGUCUUCAAAAAUCUCACCAUCAAAGGCACCCUUGUUGGUAGCCGGAGGGACGUGGCCAUGACAUUGGAUUUUGCGCGACGAGGGAUGUUACAGCAGGUCAGCGAAGUCUAUCCAGUGAAUCGUAUGCCCGAAGCUGUGGAAAAGCUUCGCAAGGGACAAGUGGCGGGGCGCAUUGUGGUCAACUUUAACUGGGAAGAUUAA